ACGUCUCUUUCAUAACAGUGCUCACGGAUCACCACUCACCAAUUCAAUCACAUCUCCAGUAAGGCAGAAUCAUAUUUCAUUUUCACUCGGACUAUAAGUUUUACGCUCGGAAGGAGUUGCCCGCGCACAAAUGGCUUCGACUGGCAAAACCUUCAUCGUCGAGCAUCUCGACCCAGAGCUUGGCCCUUGGUCAGAGCUCGAGUAUCUAGCCAUCGCAGCUGAGAGCGAGGAGACCAAGAGCAAAUUCAUUCUCUCCUGCCUGCCUCCCAACUUUCAAGUUCCGGCUGCAUUGGCUGCCAGCAAGGCCUUCACGGCAGAGCACCGCGGGGUCGAAGAGCUUUAUGCCGGCCAGAAAUCUCGAGUCUGCCUUUUGGAUCCCGCAGCAGCCAAGGAUUUGGCGCCCGAAGACGGCGAGACAUUCGAUGCAUUUCUCUUUGGAGGCAUCUUGGGUGAUGACCCUCCUCGAGACCGAACCUCUGAAUUGAGAAAGAAGGGCUUCGAGGGCAGAAGGUUGGGCCCUAAGCAAAUGACCACAGACACAGCCGUCCGAGUAACUCGAAUGGUCGUACAAGACAAGAUAUCUCUUGACAAAGUGCCAUAUCUGGACUUUCCAGAGCUCAAGUUUAACGAACAUGAAAGCACUCAGAUGCCGUUCCGUUAUGUCUCAGGCGCAGAUGGAAAGCCAAUCAUGCCCAAGGGAAUGGUCGAAUUGAUACAAAAGGACGCUGAUAAAUCCGUGGAUGACCUCUUUUGAUGAUGCCAUUCUUUUUUUUAAGGAAUGGGGUGUGACCAAGCAAGCACACAGCCUGUCGCCGUGGGUGAUGGCGAAUUAUCCAGCAAACCAUCUAUAGCUGGCGACAAAGGCAACCAAAAGAACGUUGAAGCUCUUUAGAAUACUGGUGUAAUUCUAUAGGCUCGAUACCAUCGCCUUGUAUUGCUAGGACAUCCCUUCCACCAUCAAUGAACAUGUGCCAUCAACAGAGCCCUCUCUUGCAAGUCCCAACUGCUGAUCUUUUGUCGUUAUUCGUAAAAGGGGAGAUAGAUAACAGAAGUUUGCGGCAACGUAACAUCACAAUC